CUUUCCUCUAUUAUCCCAUUUGUUUCCUUUUUUUUUCCAAAUUGGAAGCUAUCCAUCCAUAUUAUAUCAAACAAAAGUUUUUAAACUAAUUUCACUUUCUUUUUUUUAUUCCCAAUAUAUCAUGACUGAUCGUAUCAAAAGCAAAUCACCUGUUACUAAUAGUACUAAAGCUGUUGUAGAAUCUUCAACUGCAACUUCAACUGCCAUUUCUGCUACAACAUCGACUGACCCCAAUAACUCAACGUCAACAACAACGCCAGCCACAGUAGCCACGUCAUCGACUAGUACAACCAAUACAGCGUCCAAUCGUAUGACUUCCUCUAUGAAGCCUACCUCCUCUUCCAAUCCUGCCAGAAAAAAGGCUGUCAACAAGGCUCAAAGUAGUAGUGCAAGACGUAUCUCCAAAGAAUUGGCUGAAAUAGCGUUAGAUCCUCCUUCAAACUGCAGUGCUGGACCAAAAGGUGAUAAUUUGUUUGAAUGGGUAUCUACUAUUUAUGGCCCUGCUGAUUCACCUUAUGCUCAUGGUAUAUUCUUUCUUGACAUUCAAUUCCCAAAGGAAUAUCCUUUCAAGCCUCCUAAAAUUACCUUCAGAACUCGUAUUUAUCACUGCAAUAUCAAUAGCCAAGGUGCCAUCUGCUUGGAUAUUCUGAAGGAAAAUUGGUCACCUGCUCUCACUAUUUCCAAGGUGUUAUUAUCCAUUUGCUCACUAUUAACUGAUGCAAAUCCUCAUGAUCCUUUAGUUGGUAGUAUUGCUCAAGAAUACCUUUUGGACCGCGAACAACAUGAUCGUACUGCCAGAGAAUGGACCAAGCAAUAUGCUUCGUAGACUGGACCAUCCUUUCGUCUUCAUGAUUCAUUAUUUCAAUUUUACAUUAUUUUGCAUCCAUUUUCCCCACAACUCACUACUUAGUACCUAUUUUUUUUUAUCAACUUUAUAUUAUCUUCAAUCAAAAAUAAAAAAAAAAAUUGCCAUACUUCAUUUUA